AUGGUCAAUCAAAAUUUGCCCUUAUGUAAAAUAUCACGCGAAAGUGAAAAUGGUUCUGGUGAUACUGGGUUAGCUUCCCUGUUUGCUACACAACAAAACCAACCAACUUUUUCCAUCCCUGAUGUUUCAGAAAUACUUAUCAAGAAGAGAGAAAAAGAGAAAGGAGUAGAAAAUGAAGAUAAUAAUAAUAAGAUAAUUAGAGAAGAAGUAAAUAAAAUCAUGAAAAGUAUUGAAAUCUGUGAAAAAAAAGAGUGUGAAUCAUCCUUAAUAUUUGAUAAAGUGAGAAAGCUUCUAAGUAAUCAGAAUCUAGAUAUUUUGAAUAAUUGUUUAGAUAAUACCCAAACCAUGGCAAGGGAUAUGGUGAAUAAUUGGAGAGUUAAAGAUGAA